UUUUUUUCUUGUACGAGACGAAUCACCGAGGAUGAGACCGCCAGGAUCGUAAGGCGCAAAGAGCAAGGUGCAAAAGGUCGAUCGUCGACCGAGGGGGCGAGGAGAGGCAAGGAAAGAGAAAAGAGAGAGAAAGAGAGAGAGAGAAAGAGAAAGAGAGAGAGAGAGUGAUAUGAUUGACGUGAUGAGGUGAAAUCGUGGCGACUCGGUGGUGGUUUAGAUGGAUCGAUGCCGGUUUCGCGAGACCGCACCAGUGGCGUUAGUUGGUAUUAGAGAUAGGUACCCCUAGGGGAGGGGGGCACGGGGGGGGACCGCACCACAUUGAUGGAACAGUGAUUAACGCGACGGAAAGAUGCGGGGUAGUCCUGCCUUCCUCGCCAUACUGUUGGGCACGAUAUUCGGUGUUCUAGGUGCAUCUCUGAGCAAAGCGCUCAGGUAUAAGGCACCGGAUGAGUGCAAGUGGAUCACGACCGGCGAUGCCGAGGACGACGUGUCGCUCAUGUGCCGUCUGCGUACCAUCAACAGCGAGCUGGAGAACACGAAUUUCAGCGUGAUACAGCCGCAGCACACCGUGCGCCUGCGGCUGGAAUGCAGCGACGCGCUAUUUUACCAGAGUUCGCUGAGCGCCGGGAGCUUCAGGCCGCUCGUCGAGUUGCGAGAACUCGUGAUCGAAUAUUGUAAAAUCGGCAAUCUGUCGGAUGACGCGUUCAAGGGUCUUAAGGAGCUGCGUAAUCUCACCGUGAGAACGCAUAACACCGACUGGUCCGCCAUGGCGCUCGACGUAUCCGCUGGAGCGUUCACCGACGAGCUUCGGCAACUGGAGAAGCUCGAUCUCGGUGAGAACAAUAUGUGGGGUAUACCGGAGGGCGCGCUCUGUCCUCUGGUUAACCUGGAGGUCCUAAACUUGACGAGAAAUCGGCUCAGGGAUAUCACGAGUUUCCGCUUCAAUUCCGCGGCGAGAUGUCUGACGAAUCUCCGAGAGCUGGAUCUCAGUAACAACAGCGUUGAAUCCCUGCCAAGCGCGGCAUUCUCCGGUCUGACGAGGUUGCACAGCCUGGACUUGCGGUGCAACGCCAUCAGCUUCAUGGCGGACCGCGCGUUCGAAGGUCUCACGUCACUGGCCAUCUUGAAACUCGCUGAUAACCGGCUCGCGAGCUUGCCGCCGGAGCUCUUCAACGAUGCCAGGGACAUACAGGAGAUUCACCUCAGAAACAACACGUUGAACGUCUUGCCACCCGGCUUGUUCGGCGAGUUGUCGCAAUUGCUGGUGCUGGACCUCUCGCACAAUGAAUUAACGGCGGAAUGGGUGAACGCGGCUACGUUUAGUCGUCUGGUGCGUUUGGUAGUGUUGGAUCUCUCAAAUAAUCGUAUCGCGCGACUCGAUCCGACCGUCUUUCGCGAUUUGUACAGUCUGCAGAUACUACGGCUACAGGAGAAUCUAUUGGAGAGCCUGCCGGAGAACACGUUCUCGGAACUUUACAACCUGCACACGUUGCUGCUCAGCGAUAAUCAAUUGACAGUCAUAGAUGCCACCACAUUGAGCGGCCUUUACGUGCUCAGCCUCCUCUCUCUGGACAACAACCGGUUGCACACAAUACAUCCAAGUUCCCUGAGAAAUGCUUCGUCUCUGCAGGACUUUCAUCUUAACGGUAAUCGGCUGACAUCGGUGCCGGACGCAUUGAAAGCCACUCCCCUCCUGCGCACCCUCGACCUCGGCGAGAACCUCAUCUCCGAGAUACCAAGCGGCACCUUCGACCACGUGGUGCAGCUGUAUGGACUUCGAUUAACCGAAAAUCAUAUCGGCAAUCUCACGAAAGGCGUCUUCGAUCGUAUCAAGGAACUCAAGAUCCUGAACCUUUCGCGAAAUCGCAUACAGUACAUCGAACCCGGUACCUUCGACGAGAAUCUGAAUCUACAAGCGAUACGCCUCGACGGUAAUCAGCUGAUCGACAUCGCCGAUCUCUUUACUAAAUUACCUAAUCUCGUCUGGCUCAACGUGAGCGACAAUAAGCUCAAGCUGUUCGAUUACGCCAUGAUCCCAACGGGACUGCAAUGGCUGGACAUACACUCGAACGAGAUCCGGGAGUUAGGCAACCGUUUCGAAAUCGAGACGCAGUUGCAGCUGAGCACCUUCGACGCGAGCGAAAACAAACUAACGGAGAUCACCGGCAACGCGAUCCCCAAGAGCGUCGAACUGUUGUUUCUCAACGAUAACCUUAUCUCAAAAGUUCAGAGUUACUCGUUUUUCAAGAAGCCGAAUCUGACACGAGUCGACUUGAAGGGUAACCAAAUACGGAAUCUCGAGCCUUACGCGUUGCGUAUCACCGCGGUACCGUCGGAUCGACCGCUGCCGGAGUUCUACAUCGGCGACAAUCAGUAUCUGUGCGACUGCACCAUGGAGUGGUUACAACGCGUCAAUCGGCAGAAUCAGACGCGCGUACAGCCACGCGUCAUGGAUCUCGAGAGCAUCUACUGCAAACUCCUAUACGAUCGCGAGCACGCCUUCGUGCCGCUGGUCGAGGCGUCGCACUCACAGUUUCUCUGCAAGUACGAAACCCACUGCUUCGCCCUGUGCCACUGUUGCGACUUCGACGCGUGCGACUGCGAGAUGACGUGUCCGAAGAACUGCACGUGCUAUCACGACCAGUCGUGGUCGGCAAACGUGGUGGAUUGCUCGAACGGCGGCCACGUCAACAAGCUGCCGGAACAGAUACCGAUGGACGCCACGCGCCUCUAUCUGGACGGGAACGAUCUGCGCGUCGUGUCGAGUCACGCUUUUAUCGGCCGCAAGAAGCUCAAGGUGCUGUUCCUCAAUUCGUCCAACAUCGAGAUCGUGCAGAACAGGUCGUUCAACGGGCUGCGCGACCUCGAGGAUCUGCACCUGCAGGACAACAGGAUACGCGAGCUGCGCGGUCACGAGUUCGAGGGACUGGACGCGCUGCGGCAGCUGCAUCUGCAACGCAACCGCAUCACCGCGAUCGGCAACGACACGUUCGCGCCGUUGCGCUCCCUGCGGAUGCUACGGCUGCAAAACAAUCGUCUGACCACCCUGGCGAUAUGGUCGUUGCCGAGCUCGAUCGAGGUCAGCCUAGCCGGGAAUCCCUGGUCCUGCGAGUGCGACUAUCUGCAGAGUUAUCGCGAGUGGUCGCGUAGUCCGAAUAUUCGCGUCACCGACGCGGCCGCGUUGCGCUGCGUGUACAACGUCACGGAAUUCGAGUCGUUCGGCGACGAAGUGUUCGCGGAUGACGAGUUUGGUUUCCCGGUGAGCACGGGUACGCCAGGUGAUCGCGAGCGCGCCGGCAAUGAGAGUGUCGUUUGCACCGGUACGAUCAGCAUCGACAACGACAUUCGUCACAACUACACUAAGACCAUUAUCGAGAAGCAGGUUCUACAGGAUUACCUGCCGUUGCUCGUGGCCACUUCCGCUACUUCGCUCGUCGUUAUACUUUUGUGCAUGCUCGCCUUCGUGUUUCGUCACGAGCUGCGCGUGUGGUUUCACUCGCGUUUCGGCGUGCGAAUAUUCUAUCGGAAUCACGAGGUCGACCGGGACGAUCGAGACAAGUUGUUCGACGCCUUUGUGAGUUACAGCUCGAAGGACGAGGCAUUCGUCGCCGAGGAACUGGCACCGGUGCUCGAGAUGGGCAAUCCCUCGUACAAACUAUGUCUUCACUAUCGGGAUUUUCCGGUCGGCAGCUUCAUAGCCGACACCAUUGUCCAAGCGGUGGAGUCGUCGCGCAGAACGAUAAUGGUGCUAUCGGAGAACUUCAUUAAGUCCGAAUGGUGUCGUUUCGACUUCAAGUCGGCGCACCACCAGGUGCUGAGAGACAGAAGACGCCGACUGAUCCUCGUGUUGGUCGGCGACGUGCACCAGCGCGAUCUCGAUCCGGACAUACGGCUGUACUUAAAGACGAACACGUAUCUGCAGUGGGGCGACAAGCUCUUCUGGGAGAAGCUGCGAUUCGCGUUACCGGACGUGCCGAACAAUCAGCGCGCGACGCAGAGGACGAGGCAGCCACCGCCGGUCCGACGGCAGCACAACAACAGGACGUCCAACGGAUCGCGCACCGUAUCCGUCCACAUAUAAAUCAAAUCCGAGCGCAUCCGAGUGCCGUUUAUCGAACGAGAGUGCAACAGGAUCCGUGCGAGGAUGCAACGGGAGAAGAAACGCGAGUUUUACGUCGAGGAUCUUGUGUGCGCGACUCCACGGCGGCUCCACAUUUUCGACGAACGACGUGUGCAAUACGACGGUAUACUACCUAGAGUGUGUAAAUACAAACGGAGGAGAGUUUUGUAUGUAUAAAUAGAGCGUGCCGAGGCGCGGCGAGAGGAGGCCACGUGUACAUAGACGGUGUGUGAUAAGAGAGUGAGAAGAUAUUUAAAACGCGCUUUCCACGCGCGGAAACGCGUAUAUAUAUAUA